UCUUCUUCUUCUUCCCGUUCGCUUUCAUCAGAUCAUAUACUAUUUCCCCAUAAUCUGAAUCAGAUCAUCAUACUAUUCUCCAUUAAUUUGCUGCUCUGAGCUUUUGGAGAAGAAUUUCUGAGCGGAAUCAUGAAUCAGGGUGCGGAUAUUCAUCACCGGAUUGCCAGAAUUUCAGCUCACCUUAAUCCUCCCACUAAUCAUCUCCAGAUGGAGGGCGGUUCAAGUUUAUUGCGUGCCGAUUGCCGCGCAAAAGGAGGCUCGCCAGGCUUCAAGGUGGCGAUAUUGGGGGCAGCUGGCGGCAUAGGCCAGCCUUUAUCAAUGCUAAUGAAGAUGAAUCCAUUGGUCUCGGUGCUUCAUCUCUACGAUGUAGUCAACACUCCAGGUGUCACUUCCGAUAUCAGCCAUAUGGACACCGGUGCUGUGGUUCGCGGUUUUGUGGGUCAAACGCAGUUGGAGGAUGCACUGACUGGCAUGGACCUUGUAAUAAUUCCUGCUGGUGUUCCUCGGAAACCUGGAAUGACGAGGGACGAUCUUUUCAACAUUAACGCGGGAAUAGUAAAGACUCUUUCUGAAGGAAUUGCUAAGUGCUGUCCUAAGGCAAUUGUUAACGUAAUCAGUAAUCCGGUGAACUCUACGGUUCCAAUUGCAGCAGAGGUUUUCAAGAAGGCCGGGACUUAUGAUCCGAGGCGGCUCCUAGGAGUCACAAUGCUCGAUGUAGUCAGAGCUAAUACAUUUGUGGCUGAAGUUUUAGGGCUAGAUCCACGGGAAGUUGAUGUUCCCGUUGUAGGAGGCCAUGCUGGUGUGACCAUUUUACCCCUUCUCUCCCAGAUAAAACCUGCAUGCUCUUUCACACAAGAAGAGACCAAGUAUCUGACAACUCGCAUCCAAAAUGGCGGGACGGAAGUUGUUGAGGCCAAAGCAGGUGCAGGUUCUGCAACUCUUUCAAUGGCAUAUGCAGCAGUGAAAUUUGCCGAUGCUUGCUUGAGGGGAUUGAGGGGAGAUGCUGGUGUUAUCGAAUGUGCAUUUGUAUCUUCUCAGGUAACUGAACUUCCGUUCUUUGCUUCAAGAGUGCGUCUUGGGCGUAAUGGAGUCGAGGAGAUCUACCCACUCGGUCCACUAAACGAAUACGAAAGGGCUGGCUUGGAAGCGGCGAAGAAAGAAUUGGGGGGAAGCAUUGAUAAAGGUGUUUCCUUUGUAAGGAAAUGAGUGCCGGAGUUUUUAAGGUUUGUCCAAUGUCGAACACUCUUACUGGAAUAAGUGGUUAAUUAGUAUAUGUUGUACUAGAAAAAUAAAAUAAAAUAAAAUGGGCUUUCGAGUUUUUCUGGAAAUAAAAAAGUCGAAUUUCGCUCGAGAAUUCUGCUGUACUAGUGUAGUAUUUUCUCCAAAGAUGACCCAUUCCACAAAUUUUGUAACAUAGAUAUUAGUUAAAUAAAGCUUUACUGCGGUUACAUUUUUAUACAUUCUUA